AUAAUAAUAUAUUCUAGAUGUUCAUAAGCUGCUAAAUCUCUUUACUAUGUAGGAUAGUCAGUCACCUGUUUCUAUCAUAAUCAAAACACAGGCUACAAAAAAGAUAAGAUUUUUAACUUCUAUUUUAUUUCAUUCACAAUCAACAAACGUUAUCCGAACUCAUGAGCAAAACUGUUAAACAGUCAAAGAUCAAUGUCGUUCCACUGGCAUCAUCGUCAGACUUAGCUGAGCUGUAGGCCUACAUCGUUAGCUUUGAUGAUGAUCACGUAAAUCCAAGGAAAAGAAUUAUCUUCGUCUGCGUUUUGUAGUAGUCUUAGCUUGCUUCAAGAGCUCCAAAUGUCAGCAUGGAGAACAGAUUUGUUCUGUCCCCUGGCGAAACUCCAAGAACCAUUUAGAGUGAAAAUACAGCCCUGUCUGUGCUUCUUGAAAAGCAGCAGACCACUUUGUUAAGAAAUAAAAACUAAAUGGUUGAAAUUCUUUUAUGCUGGUCUGCAGUCACUAAUGUAAUGACAAUUAAUUAAAUAAAAACAAUGUUAUCAAAAUUACAUAAAAGACGGGGAUUAUUUGCACUCGUUAUACACUGCCCUGGUCCCGAAUACUGUGUAAAAGCGCUCUUAAUGAUCUUUGUGCUCGGGUCAGUGGGAAGUUUAGGAGCCAUGCUGAAAUGUAUUAAAAGCAAACAGACAGACCCUAGGGACCCUAGGCAGGUUCGCAACUCCCCAGGGCUGUUUCUAGUUAUAGCAGGCAGGUGAAUACUCUAACAAAAAGGUCUAAACAACACAUACAAGUCUAACUAAAGCGGUUUUUGAGACAUGUUUACCCUUUUAAAUAUUUGACUUUCAUAAGUCAGACUUGAUAAAGCACACAGCACACCACAGUAACUCCACGUCAGAAUGAAAAUGUAUAAUGCGUCGCCUUGGCACUGUUCACUCAAAAAGCGGGCAACGCUGGCCUCUUUCCAAGAAUUCUUUGCAUGAGUAUGGAAAUAAAAUAAUAACAUAGUUCAGCUCAUGUUAAAAUCGGUAAAAAGUUUGUACUCCUUCAAAUUGUGGCUUUGGAGAGAACAAAGCAUUGGUGUAAGGGGGAGAAGCGGUCCCUGGCUGAGGUGAUUAAUUAUCUACAGGGCUUCACCACGUCUGUUGGAUGAGCUUUCAGCCUAAACACUCUGCUGCCGGAAAACAAGCACCAAAUGGUGGUAAAGAGAAGGCCCCUUUCGGGACGGGUCUUCUUUCUUUUGUUUGUUGAGGUAGACUUGAUAGAUCACUGCUCUAUAAAGAUGUCAGAACUGUGGCUUCAGCUCUUGUGACUCUUGUAACUAAAGGUUAUGAUGUCUAAAAUAGUACCUUCUACACAUACACUGUUACAUAUGCACAUUCAUCAUUUUCAGUAUUGCAGUGUUGACACGAGCAAAUUCUAUAAGGUCAAAAAGAUCAUAUGGUUGAUAGGUCCGCUGAAAACAAGAACUUCCAUUGAGUCUUGUUUGACUGAUACACCGUAAUCACCGAGAGAGGGCCACCUUGCACACACGAGUUUUUUAAAGGUAUUCAGUAACAGUGAUAUUUUAAUAUAUAUAGUUGAUAGCAAGGAUUUCGAUGGUAUAUUUCUAAGAUAUAAUGCCAGAUGGGAGAUAAAUCAAGGAAAUUCGUUUAUUAUUAGUUUUUUUUUAAUAAAUAUUAAUAUCAUUUUAAUAAAUCAGAACGCCAUAUUGUUCUAUUGCAAUUGCAUUUGUUUCCUUUAAAACAGGCACACAAGAAGACUAUUAGUGUUAAGAGGUCCAAAUACUUCUGGCAUGGUUUUGUAUAUGUGGGGGACACCCAGUAUAGCCUACCCCCAAAACAACAUAUUUUCCCACUUACAACGUUCUACUAAUCUGUGAUGUGCUAUUUUUUGUCUGGUUAAAAAAGGCUCAAAAAUAAGACUGAAAUUUUAAAUUGCGAGGAAGUACACACUACUUCCAUCUUUGUGAUCCUCCCGAAAGGGGACUAACAGCAGUCUCUAUUAAUGAUUUACAGUUUAAAAAAGGUUUCCUUUUUAAUAGACACUUGGUCACGUGAGUGGGGCGCAUAAUAUGGUUGCGAUAUUAUGAUGAAGGGGGUGGAUGGCAUGCGAACCCCGGUCUGCUGCUGUGCUGAUAGCGCUAGCCUACUUCACUAAAGUGGGGUUGGGUCAUUGUAGACUUGCUGAAAAGCCGGAGAGAUAGGGAUUGAAAAAAAUUAAAAAGAACGAAAGACCCUGGUACGUUUUGCGGAUGAUGUUAUACAGCUGUCAUGAACGGAUAUGUUUUUCUACACAGCAAAAGACAGAAAGCCCUGCACACCAUGAGGAUGGAUAUUAUUUUGAGAUCUCCAAAUAAAUGAAUGUGCUUCAUCACUAAGCCUACGAGAGACUGUGUUUUGCUUAAGGUUCAUCCGUAGAGCCCAUUGGCGAAGAGGUGUCACGUGACCACGUCGAGCCAAUGUUCUUCUACGAAGGUGUCAGGACCUUGUCAGAAAGUGAAAUAAACAUUGGGAAACGGCGAGAUGCAAAAAGCGACCUAUUGCGACGGCUCGGCAAUUUACAGUGGCUUCCCCUAUCAAAGCGCAAACGGUUUAGUUUAUGAUGCCAAUCAGCAGCAAUAUCUCCAGGCCCUUCAUGUGGAAAGUGAGUACCAUCAACCGGCCUGCUCCCUGCAGACCCCUGGUGGCUUUGCAGCUCUGCACAAACCCAGUGAAAUCUCCGAGGGCUGCCAACGGAGUAACGGGACACAAACCCCAGUACCAGACAUCCCCGACAACAACCAGCCCCCUACUGCCCCUUCCGGACCAUCUUCCCCCAGUUCCCUGAACCAAAUUCCGAGCAGUGAUACCACCGCCAAGAACCCAGGGCACGCAUCUCCAACGCCAGGCACAAGAAAACACAUUUUUCCGUGGAUGAAGGAAUCCCGUCAGAACACAAAGCAGAAAUCCUGUAGCACCAUUUCAGUAGAGAGCUGCGCUGGAGACAAGAGUCCCCCCGGUUCGGCUGCCUCCAAGCGCGCUCGUACUGCAUACACGUCUGCUCAACUAGUAGAGCUGGAGAAAGAAUUCCACUUCAACCGUUACCUCUGCCGCCCGCGACGAGUGGAAAUGGCAAAUCUGCUCAAUUUGACGGAAAGGCAGAUUAAAAUAUGGUUUCAGAAUCGCAGGAUGAAGUACAAAAAGGACCAGAAGGGGCUAGGAAUGAUGCCCUCUCCUGGUGCACAGUCUCCUCACAGUCCCAUUGCCCUGUCAUCUGGUGGCGUAGGAGGGGGUGGGAGUGCAUAUUUAAGUUCAAUGCAUUCUCUGGUUAACAGCGUGCCCUACGACUCACCCUCUCCAGCAUCGUACAACAAACCCCAGCAUAAUGCGUACAGCCUUCCUACGUCAUAUCCACCUCCCCUGAAUAACUGCCCGCCUCCUCAGAAGCGGUAUCCGGGGACUGGCACAGCCACACCGGAAUACGACACGCAUCAUCUUCAAGGCAACACCAAUUACGGGACGCAAGUGCAGGGUAGCCCGGUUUAUGUAAGUGGUGGUGGAGGCUACUCGGAUUCUUUGGUGGGGAUGGGGGCCUCGGUAUUUGGCCUGACACAUCUACCGCAUCCACCUCAAGGCAAUAUAGACUACAACGGCGCUAUCACCAUGGGAAACAGCCAUCAGCAAGGAACGUGCGAACCAAACCCAUGCACAUUCACAGACAUUACACCGCACUAUUCUCAGGGAAGAAUUCAGGAAGCGCCCAAACUGACACAUCUAUAGCGCCGAUGCAAUGUAUGUCUGUCCCAGUCCACGUAACACAUUUGCGCACCUACAGCUGCGUAUAUUUGGUUCAUAUUGGUUUCCUGACGUAGCCUCAGUUGAAACGACCUUGUUGUUGGUUUAACUUAAUACACAGAAAAAGGAAAUUAAAGUUCAUCAAAGCUCAAAUGUCAUGGCAUCAUGGGAAUAUGUAGGCCUGUGUUGUUUUGACGAAAUCUGAAACAGGGUAUCAGAACACAUAUUAGAACAGUUUUUGUGUGUGUGUGUGUGUGUGUGUGUGUGAAUUUUAAGUCUUCAAAAUUAUCCUCAGUCACGACUUCUUUUCUGUUUUGCAUUUUGCACUUGAGGAAGGAUGCAUACGAACACGAGUUUUUUAUUCAACAGUCUUAUACAGCGUGGGCUCGUGUCUUUUAGGUCUUUCAAAUGUAUUUAUUUGUUUCCAUGGACAGUAGAAUGUGUUAUUUACCCCAAAUACUCCAGUUAAUGGGUAAAAAGAACCCAGAUCCUGCGAUUCUUCCAGUCAUGUCAGUGCUGAAACAAGUGCUAACAGCAAGACUGUUUAUCAAAGGUCAGUGUGUUCGAAUAUUAAUCGAUGUGUGCAAAUGUUAAUCAUAUGUUGCUUAAACAUUCGAAAGAGACAACGAUCAGAAGCUGUUUAUUAGUUUGAAUUUUUUUUUUUUUUUUUUUUUUGAUGUCAUACAUUCCAUGCUGCUCCACUUCUGAAGAAAUAAAAGACACUAAUUGACUUAA